GAUUAUUGGGACAUCGGUUUCUGUCUUCUAUAGUGCUUAUGGCUUUUUCGUAUAAAUUUGUUGGAAACUCCGUGGUAUUGGGAUUCUUUCUUUAUUGUCCCCAUUGUCGUUCAUCCACAUUACAUUCAUUUAGUCUAGUUAUUCUCACCCAAAAGAAAAACGGGCAUCAUGAAAUUGGUACUUGUGUCUGUUAUUGCUGCUUUAGGUUCUACCAUUGUCGCCGACUCACUCCCAUAUGACAUCGAUAGUGACUGGGCACCCGCGGGUCCUGGUGAUGGUAUAUAUCCUUCCACAUAAUCCAUCUAUCACCAUACUGCUCAAUCUUCUAGAGCAAGAAGUAAACUUGAGCCCUAGUUGCAAAAUACCUCUCACAUUUCAAAUCCUAGAUAAAUACUAACAUUUUUGACAACAGUGAGAGGACCAUGUCCUAUGCUUAACACUCUCGCCAAUCACAAUAUCCUCCCUCACAAUGGCAAGAACCUCACUGAGGAAAUCACUAUCCAAGCCCUUAUAGACGGUGUCAAUUUUACCAGCUCUCUCGGAAAAUUUCUCUUCAAUUUUGCGCUUACGACGAACCCUGUUAGUGGGACCGGAAUGUUUGAUUUAGACCACCUGGGAAUUCACAAUAUUCUGGAACACGAUGCUAGUCUGAGGUACGCACUUCACUUCUGUUUCUCCCACAGUCCUCUUCCAUAAGACUAAAAUUACAUUCUCUAGUCGACCAGACGACUUUCACAACCCCUCCGACGUCUUUGACCCGGUCAUAUUCAACGAGACAAAAUCCUACUGGACAGGAGAGAUCAUUGACCUCGAGGCAGCCGCCACAUCCCGUCAUGCUCGGGCGGAAACCUCGGUAGCCACCAACCCAGGCUUUAUGCUUUCCAACAUCGCAAUGGGAUUUGCUUAUGGAGAGGUAGCCGCUUACCUGAUGGUUUUUGGGAAGGAUGAAGAUGGGAGAAAAGCUGGACAGGCUAGAAAGGAUUGGGUCACAUAUUUGUUUGGUGGGUUUUAUUUGACUUGCUAGUCGGUAUUGGGAGGCUAACCUUUUUUGUGAUAGAACAAGAAAAGUUACCUACGGAAUUAGGUUGGAUAACUCCAAAUCCUGCUAUUUCGAACUUGGAGUUGUGUCAGAUGACUCAAAAUGUCUUUCGAACUACGGGAACUACGAAGCAGGUGGCUGAGGCAUGGUUCCCUUGCUUCCUUUUCGGUGCUUCAUGAUAUGAGCAUAAGGCGACCAUUUUUAUGAGGAUCAAAUUCUCAUUUAUACGUUCAUUGA